AUGGCCCCUCGAACUGAUAGUCAAAUUGAAACCUCACGCGCUCGUUCUCGCUCUCCACAGCGAUCAAUCCCACGCGGCCCUCAAAACCCGGGCUAUAAUAGCAGUGGGCUUCGGUGGAAAGAGAGGCGCACUCGCGACGGUGAUAGUAGAGAUGAUAAAAGUCUGAAGCGUGGAUACAGAUACGAUCGCUCACCAAGACGUAACUCUCGGGAUGAUCGAGAUAGUCGUGGUAGCGUGGAUAGAGACAAUCGCUAUCGGUCGGGCAGAGAUCGCAACGGAUUACGAGACAGAGACGACGGCGGAGACUCGCAACACAACAACAAUCGAGAGAACAGAGAUCGCGGCGACACAUACCGCCCUUCACGUCGCGACUCAGGUCGCCAGAAUAACCGCAGCGCCCGCUCUCCCGGCCCAGACCCCCAACGCCUAAAUCAGCGCCAGGAUCGCCAGCGUGACUUUUCUCUCAAUCGCCCACCCAACACAGCCUCCAACUUCAGCUUGCAUGGUGGCUCUGAUAGUGUAAGCUCAGCUCAACCCGAAAAAAUCUUGGACACGUCCGUACCUCCACCGCGCGCUCCCCCAACGACAGUAGCACAGUCGAGCGAGCCGAUGAUCGUGGUGACAGUGAAUGAUAGGCUUGGAACUAAGGCACAGAUACCGUGUCAAGCGAGUGAUUCAAUAAAGCUAUUCAAGGCCCUUGUGGCGAGCAAAAUUGGACGUCAGCCGCAUGAGAUUAUGAUCAAGAGGCAGGGCGAAAGACCUUUCAAGGACGUGCUUACGUUGGCCGAUUACAGUGUGAGCAACGGCGUGCAGUUGGAUUUAGAGCUCGAUACAGGCGAUUGA